GUUGGUAGAAUCGGCGGAGGCGGUGGUGCUGCUGCUGCUGCUACUAAUGUUGUUGUGGAUGCUGGUUUUCGCGGUGGUAGAGGAGUUGAUGAUGAUGCUAGAGGCGCUGAAGGUACUGAUAAUAGUCGUGUUGGUGGAUUUGGUUGUGGUAAUGUUGGUGGUGCUGGUGGUUGUGGUUGUGGCAGUCUUGGUCGUUGUCGUGUCUUUUUUGGUGCUGCUAGGGAUACUGGUUGGGAUGCUGUUGGAACUCGUGGUAAAGCUGGCCGGGGACUUGGUGGUCGUCGAGUUGUUGGUGGUGGUGGUGCUAGUGGUGCUGGUAGUGCUGUUGGGCUCUUGAUCCUGUUGCUGCAAGUGGUGUUGAUGGCGACGGUGUGGCAAUUCGGUGGCACUGGUAGUGUUGAUGUGUGUGUGGAGGGUGGUGCCAGUGGUGGCGAUGGUGGCGGUGAUGGUGGUCAAUGA